AUGUGGCCACCAACUGCCCAAUCUCUAAUCAACUCAGACAUUGGUUUGCCUUCAUCUUUAGAAAAAUUCUUGUCUAACAUGCUAUAUGGUGCAUCGUCCCCAAGAACUGAAAAAUCCAAGCGAUUAGUGUCAUCCAUUGCUCAGUAUAUGUGUAGAGCAGCCACCAACAGUGAAUGGAAGCUCCCUAAGCAUGUUUUGAUGUGUUUGACUCUGCGACAUAUGUUCAGAAGUGAGCGUCUCGUCACCAUGCUGAACAGGUUUGGUCACUCAGAGAAUUAUGCCUUCUCACUGGAGCUGGAAACUGCUAUAGCACAGUGUGUUGAAGAUUCCUCUACGUUGCUGACUAACCAGAUUGUCCGGAAUCCUGGUCCACUGUCCCUGUUCCAUUCAGAGUUUGAUAAUUUUGACAUGUUAAUCAACGAUAUGACUGGCGGUGGUUCAAUUCACACAGCACAUGGUAUAAUGCUACAGGAAGUAUCUGGUGCAGAAGGGACUCACAGGGAAUUACCGUGUGUCCCAAAGACUGGUCGUAGGUCCCUGGAACUCAAGGAACCUGAAUUACCGGACUGCUAUGUGACAAUGAGAAAAGAUCCACGGCUGCACAUAAACCAGCUGCAUUAUCCAGAAGGGGCUACUGCACUAAUGAACUCUACCCGAAGACAAAUGCUUUGGGUCAUUGCCAGAACUGUGUACAAAAGUGGACAUAUAGUUCCUGCCUGGUCGGGUUUCCUGUCUCAGACAGGAAAGAAACCUCAACAGAUAACAGUCAUUGACUACUAUCCAGUGAUUCCGAAACCCAUAACAGAAUACAAGACUGUCAAAGAGUGCUUGAAAUGUGCAGAACAGGCAACAGAUGAGGUUGGACAAAAGUACGUAGUGACAACAUUUGAUCUAGGGGUAUGCAUGAAGGCUUACCCAUUAGUUUGGAAUAACCCGACAGAGUACGAGAGACACAUUGUGAUGAUUGGUACAUUCCAUGUUACGUGUGCUUACCUGAAGAUGGUGGGGAAAAAGAUGGCAGGUUCAGGUCUGUCUGAUGUUCUACUAGAAGCAGGUUUGAUUGUCUCCGGAUCAUUAGAUGGGGUUCUUAAAGGCAAAAACUAUGACAGGGCCAUGUUCUGCCACAAGGCCGUACUUGAAGGUCUUGAACAGCUAUUGCUUGAGAAAUAUCAAGAAAUAUCUCCAACGGAAUGUAACUCUCUACCAGAAGAUUCUCACAGAAUACUCAACGAUCUUGUGUAUCAUCCUUGCACUGACUCUCACAGCAAAGCUCUCAGAGAUGAAGGGCUGAAGAAAUAUAUAGAUGGAUACAUGGAAUUUCGUCAGAAUGUAUUGGAAGGAGUGAUAGGCAAAACUGCACAGUUGUGGAUAUCCUAUAUGGAUAACAUUUGGCUUGUAUUAUCUCUGCAAGAAUCCGUGAAGGAUAAUAACUUCUACCUCUAUGCACAGUCCAUGUACAAAAUGGCAGACCUGUUCUUCAGUUUUGGUGGACAGAACUAUGCAAGAUAUCUCACUUACUUUGGCGUGUUCCUUGCCAACUUGGAUGCUUCACAUCCAGGUGCUGUGGAUCUUCUGAGACUAGGAGCAUUCAGUGUAGCCGCUCCAUGA